AUCUUGUUUUGAUCUUCUCUUGGAGUUUGAGCAUGUGAAAUGAUGAAGAAUCAAUGGCACAGUAGAAAUCCGCUGGUCAUUUAUGGCAGCGCUGCCGUCAUUAUUAUCAGCUGAGUUCGAGAAACCAGAGCCUCCUCUGUUCCAUGCAGCGCCGUUCUUUGCCACUUCCCGUUCUUCACCACGCGUCGUUCCAUAAGCACCGCCCAAGGUUCAACUCUUUUGAAAGUAAUUAGUUUGGAUCAUCUCUUGGAAGGUCUUGAAGAACAGAGUAUGGCUGAUUGUGCUCUGUUUUUGCCGUUUGUUUUUGUGCUCUGUUUUGUUGUUUGCUCUGUUCAAUAUGGGUUCAUUUUGUGUGAUGAUGGGUCGAGUUUAAACGUGCUUUUGGAGAUAAAGAAGUCAUUUGUGGCGGACCCAGAUAAUGUUUUGGUGGAUUGGUCUGAGAGGAAUCCGGAUUUUUGCAGUUGGAGAGGCGUUUCUUGUGGGUCUGACACGGUGGGUGGCUCUGCUCAAGUGGUGGGGUUGAACCUUUCUGACUCGUCGCUCGGUGGGUCUAUAUCACCGGCAGUCGGUAGGCUGCGGAACCUGCUCCACCUUGAUCUUUCGAGCAACGGAUUAAUGGGUCCCAUUCCAACAAAUCUCUCAAAGCUUAAUUCGUUGGAAUCUUUGCUGCUUUUCUCUAACAAACUCGGUGGGUCGAUUCCGUCUGAGCUGGGCUCGCUGACGAGUCUAAGGAUUAUGCGAAUCGGUGACAACGAACUUACCGGUUCCAUUCCCGCUUCGUUUGGGAAUCUUGCAAAUUUGGUUACUCUUGGUUUGGCGUCGUGUAGUCUUAGCGGUUUGAUACCUAUAGAGCUUGGACGGCUCGGCAGAAUGGAGGAUUUGGUUCUGCAGCAAAAUCAACUCGAGGGUCCGAUUCCGGGGGAGCUCGGGAACUGUUCGAGCCUUGUUGUCUUCACUGCUUCUGGUAACAAUCUCAAUGAAUCGAUACCAAAGCAGCUAGGUCGUCUUCAGAAGCUCCAAAUUUUGAACCUCGCCAACAAUACUCUCUCCGGCGAGAUUCCGGUGGAGCUGGGGGAGCUCAAUCAGCUUGUUUAUUUGAAUCUAAUGGGAAAUAAACUCGUGGGUUUAAUUCCAAUUUCAUUUGCUGAAUUGGGUAAUCUCCAGACUUUGGAUAUAUCCAUGAACGAGCUCACGGGGGGAAUUCCAGAGGAGUUGGGGAAUAUGGGGAGCUUGGUGUUCUUGGUUCUGUCGAACAAUCAUCUUUCCGGUGUCAUUCCGGGAAAGUUGUGUUCUAAUACUUCUAGUUUAGAGAAUCUGAUGCUAUCUCAGAUGCGAAUCUCUGGCGAAAUUCCGGCCGAGUUGAUUCAGUGCCGAUCACUAACGCAUAUCGAUUUAUCUAACAAUAGACUAAACGGAUCGAUUCCGGAUGAGUUUUAUGAACUAAGCGGCUUGACUGAUAUUCUACUUCAUAACAACAGCUUAGUCGGCCCAAUUCCGCCGGCGAUUGCAAACCUCAGCAAUGUCAAGACUCUGGCUCUGUAUCACAACAAUCUUCACGGCGAUCUCCCAAGGGAGAUCGGCAUGCUCGGAGAACUUGAAAUUCUGUAUCUAUACGACAAUCAGCUAUCUGGGAAAAUCCCUUUCGAAUUGGGGAAUUGUUCAAACUUACAGAUGAUUGAUUUCUUCGGGAAUCGUUUCAAUGGAGAGAUUCCGGUGAGUAUUGGAAGAUUAAGAGAACUGAAUUUCCUUCAUCUCCGGCAGAACGAACUCGACGGUAGAAUUCCGGCGACUUUGGGGAACUGCCAUAAACUGACGAUUCUAGACCUGGCGGACAAUCGUCUCUCCGGUGGGGUUCCUUCAACAUUUGGAUUCCUUGAAGCUUUGGAACAGCUUAUGCUUUACAACAACUCUCUUGAAGGUAAUCUUCCAAAUUCAUUGAUCAAUUUAUCAAAUCUUACGAGAAUCAAUCUUUCUAGGAACAGAUUGAAUGGUAGCAUUGCUUCAUUGUGUUCUUCCCGUUUUCUUCUUUCUUUUGAUCUUACAAACAAUGAAUUCGACGGCGGAAUUCCUCCCCAAUUGGGAAACUCCUCCUCCCUUGAGCGGCUGAGGUUAGGAAACAAUCAGUUUUCCGGCGACGUUCCGCCGGAAUUGGGGAACAUUCAUGAACUGUCUUUGCUGGAUUUAUCUGGGAAUUCCCUUACUGGGUCUGUUCCUGAUGAGCUUUCUUCGUGUAAGAAACUGACCCAUCUUGAUCUUAAUGAUAAUCUUUUCUCUGGAACUAUACCAAUGUGGCUCGGUGGAUUGCCUGAAUUGGGUGAGCUUAAGCUCUCUCUCAAUCGGUUCACUGGUCCAUUGCCUUUGGAGCUUUUCAAUUGUUCUAGCCUGAUUGUGCUAUCUCUUAAUGGGAAUCUCUUGAAUGGAACAUUGCCGAUGGAAAUCGGUAACCUCGUGUCGCUUAACGUCCUCGACCUUGAAGAUAACCGGUUUUUCGGUCGGAUUCCUUCUGGUAUCGGUAAGGUAAGCGAAUUGUUUGAGCUUCGUCUGUCGAGGAAUGGUUUAGAUGGGGAAAUCCCAGCUGAGAUUUCGCAGUUACAGAAUCUUCAGAGCAUAUUGGAUCUUAGUUACAAUAAUCUGACCGGUGAGAUUCCGUUCUCUAUUGCUCGGCUGUCCAAACUCGAAGCGCUUGAUCUAUCUCACAACGAGCUUACCGGAGAAGUCCCUCCGGAUGUUAGUAAGAUGAGUAGCUUGAGCAAGCUUAACCUUGCUUACAACAAGCUAGAGGGAAGAUUGGACAAGGAAUUCUCUCAUUGGCCGGCUAAUGUAUUCGAAGGAAACGUUCGACUUUGUGGAGGUCCUCUUCGCCAUUGCGGCGAAGCUUCCACGGGAGGGUCGGGUUUAAGUGAAGGGGCAAUCAUCGCCAUAUCGGCUGUUUCGACAUUGGUGGGAAUGGCGAUUCUAGUGCUUACGGUCACCCUUCUGUAUAAACACAAUCAAGAAACUUUCAAAAGAUGGAGUGAAGUCAACUGCAUUUGUUCGUCUAAUUCGUCCCAAGCACAGAGAAGACCAAUUUUCCAUAACCCGGGUGGAAAUCGAGAUUUUCAAUGGGAGGAAAUUAUGGAGGUGACGAACAAUUUAAGCGAUGAUUUCAUUAUCGGCUCGGGGGGCUCUGGAACGAUCUAUCGAGCUGAAUUGCUCACCGGCGAAACCGUUGCUGUCAAGAAAAUAUUGUGCAAAGAUGAUCUUUUAUCUAAUAAAAGCUUUGUACGAGAGGUCAAGACACUUGGAAGGAUCAAGCACAGGCAUCUCGUGAAGCUGCUCGGAUACUGCAUCAACCGAGGAGACGGCUCGAGUCUGUUAAUUUACGAUUACAUGGAGAACGGAAGCGUUUGGGACUGGCUGCACGAGCGACCCAUCAAUGGGAAGAAGAAAAGGAAGCUUGAUUGGGAUACAAGGUUCAAUGUUGCUGUUGGGUUAGCUCAGGCAGUGGAGUAUCUUCACCAUGACUGUUUGCCUAAGAUCAUCCAUAGGGACAUCAAAUCAAGCAACAUCCUUCUCGAUUCGAAUAUGGAGCCACAUUUGGGGGAUUUCGGGCUAGCCAAAGACCUCGUCGAGAAUUACGACACCGACACAGAAUCGAAAACAUGGUUUGCUGGUUCUUACGGCUACAUAGCUCCAGAGUAUGCUUAUUCUCUGCAAGCAACCGAAAAGAGCGAUGUUUAUAGCCUCGGAAUCGUACUGAUGGAGCUCGUAAGUGGCAAGAUGCCUACCGAUGAAGCUUUCAGGGUCGAUAUGGACAUGGUAAGGUGGGUGGAGACACGCAUUGAAAUGCAAAAUGUUGCUGAUAGGGAGGAGUUGAUCGACCCGUGUUUGAAGCCUCUCUCGCCCCACGAAGAAUCCGCAGCGUUCCAAGUGCUUGAGAUAGCUCUGCUAUGCACUAAAACUGCCCCGCAAGAACGACCAGCAUCUCGGCGAGUUUGCGAUCAGCUCCAGCACGUUUAUAAUCCUAGAACACUCGAUCACGAGAAGAAGCAGACGGAUCCACAUGCUUGAGAAAUAUAUGAUGUCCUUAGAUGAAAGGAAAUGUGUACUAAUUUAUCACAUAGCAGAUUUACAGUUCAUUUGAACAACCUUUCAUGGUUUAGUGAUCAAAUGAAAGAUCAUUUCUAGCAGAGUUCAUUGCUAAAGCACUGUUCUGGGCUUCUAUGAAGGCGUUGAACUCCUCCCUUCCCUUGCAUUAGCAGGCGAGGAUGGCCUUGAAGGAGAUGAUAUCGAUGAUGAGCCGAUUCAUGCAGAGUUUCGAGUUUGGACUAAUUAUGUUGAGUUGUCGCUUUGUAAUUCUCAUUCUAACGAGUCACGUUCGC